CAAAUAAUCUAGAGAGAGAAAAACAGAGUUAGCUAUUAGGGUUUCAAAAUUCAGAAAUGGAAUUAAAGUUCGGCAAAAUCGCCGGAGCCGGCGCCGGCGUUCUUCACACAGUUAGACGAUCUCGUCUAACAAUAUUCAACCGUAUAUUUUCAAUAAUUUACACCGCCGCCGUAAUCGCACUUCUCCGUCACCAUAUAAUCUCUCUCAUAAAUUCCCCUUCAUUCAUCACAUUCUCUCUCUUAAUCGCCGAUUUACUUUUCGCGUUUUCAUGGAUCGCAACUCAAGCGUUCAGAUUUCGAACAGUUUACAGAACUUCAUAUCCAGAUAGGAUCGGAGAAGUUCUUAAGAAGGAAGAAUUUCCGGCGAUCGAUGUUUUCGUUUGUACGGCGGAUCCGUACAAAGAACCGCCGUUAGGAGUGGCGAAUACGGCGUUAUCGAUGAUGGCUUAUGAUUAUCCGGCGCCGGAAAAGAUCUCCGUUUAUAUUUCCGAUGACGGAGGAUCGCAUUUGACUCUGUUUGCUUUUAUGGAAGCUGCUAAGUUUGCUAAAUAUUGGUUACCGUUUUGCCGGCGCCGGCGAUUGAUGGAUACGUGCCCGGAUGUGUUUUUCCGAUCAAGUUAUCCUCCUACUAUUGAAACAGAGGAACUCAAGAACAUGUACGAGGAUAUGAGACUUAGAAUUGAAAACGCUCUCGAGAAAGGAGAAGUCGACGAGAACUACUUGGCAAAUGGCGAAGAACGGGAAGCAAUGAAGAAAUGGUCGAAAGGAACAUUCAACCGUCAAGACCACCCGACUGUUAUUCAGGUAAUUUUAGACAAUAAUAAAGACAAGGAUAAAACAGGAGUCCCAAUGCCAAAUUUGAUAUAUGUUGCUAGAGAAAAGAGCAAAAUGUCCACUCACCAUUUCAAAGCUGGUGCCCUAAAUGCCCUUCUUCGAGUUUCGGCAGCGAUGACAAAUGCACCUAUAGUUCUAACACAAGAUUGCGACAUGUACUCAAACGAUCCACAAACGCUUCGUCGUGCCUUGUGUUACUUCUCCGACCCAAAUCUCAAGCCCACUUUGGCCUAUGUUCAAUUCCCACAACGUUUUCAUGGCUUAAACAAGAACGAUAUGUAUGCCAACACUUUCAAACGUUUGUACAUUGUGAAUCCUCAUGGAAUGGAUGGGCUAUCCGGCCCAGCUUAUGUAGGUAGUGGAUGUUUCUUCUCUAGACGGGCCUUGUUUGGGAGCCCAUUGUCACUUGUGGAUCCAGAGAUCCCUCAGCUAAGACCCGACAACAUUGUGGACAAGCCCAUUGGAUCACAAUCUAUUCUCGAUUUAGCCCAUAAUGUAGCCCGAUGCAAUUACGAGGACCGAACCUCAUGGGGCUCAAAGAUGGGCUUUCGAUAUGGAUCACUAGUCGAGGACUACUUUACGGGGUAUAAGCUACAUUGCGAGGGUUGGAUAUCCGUGUUUUGCCAUCCGAAGAGGGCUGCAUUUCUCGGGGAUAAACCGAUUACUGUCGAGGAUCUAUUAAACCAAACCAAGAGAUGGGCUUUGGGCUUAUGCGAUGUUACGUUUUCUAAAUACAAUCCAACUAUCUAUGGUACGAGGAACAUUAGUAUCUUAAUGGGCCUUGCUUACUCGCAUUUCGCCUUAUGGCCCACUCUAUGUGUGCCGAUCAUGAUUUAUGGUUUUCUCCCCCAGCUGGCUCUACUCAACAAUGUCUCUAUUUUCCCCGAGGUUUCGAACUCAAUGUUUUGGGUAUAUGUUUUUCUAUUUGUGGCGUCAUACGCACAAGACUGCCUCGACUUCAUCCUAGCUGAUGGAACGUUUUCGAGGUGGUUGUGUGAUCAAAGGAUGUACCUUAUGAGAGGUUUAACUGCCUACUUAUUCGCCACGAUCGAAUACGUCACCAAAUCAUUGGGAAUAGCCACAGGGGGAUUUAACGUGACAAGCAAAGUAUUGGAUAGCGAGCAAGGGAAGAGAUACGAUCAAGGAAUCUUCGAAUUUGGUUUACAUUCCCCCAUGAUUCUAAUGCUAUCAAUUGCUGCCAUUGUGAAUCUGGCUGCGUUUAUAAUGGGAAUGGUACAAAUUUCUAAAGGCGGAGCUAACCUAGAACGACUUCUUGUUCAAGUAUUUGUCGCUGGUUUUGUAUCGGUUAAUGGAUGGCCGAUAUACGAAGCCAUGUUCUUGAGGAGCGACAAGGGGAAAAUUCCCCAAAAAACUACAAUUAUAGCGACGAUGGUGGCUAUGACUUUAUUCACAAUCGCGGCAUUUUUCUUCGCAAAUUGAUUGUCAAUCGAAUAAGAUUAUUAGUCUAUUAAGAAAUUAUAAGUUGAAUUAGCUGCGGUUUUAUAUGUUGUAAUGUAAAAUUAUAAUGUGAUAAGAAUGUUUCCGCAAUUUAGGGCCAAACCAUAUGUAUUCGAACGUAUUUCUUCUUCGCCUUACAAACCUAAGGCUUCUAAG